UUACAGCACUGUUAUCGCGAACAUUUUGCGAGAACAGCGAAAACAGCUGGACGAGUAAAAGAAAGUGUACUGGCAAGCAUUGCUUUUGCGACCGACUUUAGGCGAUACGGGAGAGUGAGAGAGAGAGGCCCCCUUCCCCCUCCCCUGUGCUGCUCUCGCGAGCUCUCUUGGGGCUUUGACGUUUGAUAAAAUAUUUUUUUCGGAGUUUUUCAAAUCCUCAGUGACAAGGAGGUGGCCACGGACGCGAGGUUCAACGAGUAAGUUCCCGGGUGUGCGAGGCUCGAGCUUGGCCCAGCGGCAAAUUCGCGAAAAAUGGAAAUAAACCUAACCCUUCCGGUGAUGCCCGAUAGUCCUCUCCCGAGAAGCACUGAUUCAUAAAGGGAAAGUCGAAGUUGCCCGACUGAGCGGAAUUAUAAUUUUGGCCAGCCAAGGAGGAUCCUGGGACAAGGAGGGACGACCACGACAGCAGCACGGCUUCUCGCGAACCAUGAAGUCGGGCAGCGUGAAUGAGCACAGGGGCUCGAUUUUGCUCAAGCCCGAGGAGAACGAGCAAGUGUUCCGAUUAAUCGGAAAUCGUUGCCAGUGCCUUGCUGCUGGUAUUAUCCAGCUGUACUUGACAGAGCCUCCAAAGCAUAACGAAUGGAUAAAGAAAAAUACAGGAAUCAUCACUUUGAUCCGAGAUACUUCAAAGCGCAGCUUUUUUCUGAGAUUAUACUGUAUUCAGAGGAAAGCUAUGUUAUGGGAACAUGAAGUCUACAAUUCUAUGGAGUACAAGGCUCCAUUUAAUUAUUUUCACACUUUUGAAGCAGAAGACUGUAUGGCAGCAUUUAAUUUUGCCAAUGAAACUGAUGCUAUUGUUUUAAGGAAUAUCUUAAUUGAAAAAUUGAAUGCAAAAGCAAGGCGUAGAAAUGAAAGGCAUUCAAAAAUGGAAAUGGAAAAUCAGAGGGGGAUGAUGCUCCCUCGCAAAAAUCAAAGCAUAAGUACUCCUUCUCUGGGACUCACGCAUAAUCCUCCAGAUAAUUUUUCAAAUGGAACACCUGUGGCAAUUAAUGUGAACAGAAGUAUGUCUAAUAUUUCAAUGAGUAAAAGUAAAAAGAAAAAAAGGAGCCAUGAGAAAGAAGCUAAGAAAAAGCUAACAACAAAUGAUAUUGGCUUACCAUUUGACUUCAGGCAUGUGGAACAUAUGGGAACAGACAUAAAUAGUUGUAGAGUUAUAGAUCCAGAAUUAAAAGCGUUUUUCGAUAAAGUAGGAAUAUCAGAAAGUCACUUAGAGCAUCAAGAAACGCGAGAUUUUAUAUAUGACUUUAUUGAAAGUUAUGGGGGAAUGAAUGCAGUCAAAAAAGAAAUUAAACCUGCCUCUGCAACGCCAACUAAUGUACAACAACAAGUGCCAAAACCUCAGCCAAAAUUAGAGCCUCCUCCACCAGUUCCAGCCAGAACAAUACCAGUUAGCACAAAUGCAGUUUCUAAUAAUAGCCACCAGAGGAAAGCUCCACCUCUACCCCCAGUUCAAACUCAAAGUCAGGUUCCACCACCACCCCCUGCUGUUCCACCGGUUCAUAGAUCACUUCCAUCAAGGCCACCUCCUCCAUCAGCAGCACCAGCACCAGCAUCUGCUCUACCUCCUCCACCACCGCCUCCGCCAAUGCCCCAAGAACUACCAUCAAAAGUUGUUACAAAUGCACCACCUCCUCCACCAUUACCCAGUAUGGGCAGUAGUCCCAGAGAUACAGAUAAUGGUAAUAGUGCCAAUGAUAAUAAGCACCAGGCUCCAGAUCCAAGGUCGAUGCUACUGGAGUCCAUACAAAAAGGCGUUAAUCUUAAAAAAAUAAACAAAGAAGAAACGAAGUCACCAACUCCAAGGGAUCCAAGGAGUAAUCUUCUAGAAGAAAUACGUAGUGGCAUAACGUUAAAGCCAGUAGCAAAUGAACCGAGACCCAAUAGUGCCACGCCAAAUGUAGCUGAAGGUGGAUUAGCCGCGGCGUUAACCAGAGCAUUGGCUGAACGUUCGAGAGCAAUGUACAGUGAGAGUGAAGAUUCAAGUGAAUUUAGUGACAAUGAUGAUGAAUGGGAUGAUUAGUAUAUUUUGAAUGUAUGAUUUUUCUAGAACUCAUGAGUCGUGAUGCAAACGGAUUUGAAAGAACAGUUCCCUUAUAUAUUGGAGUACCAACGUCAAUACCACAAAGUGAAAUGGUUGUUGUUGCAAAAAUAAGACUCAUAUUGAUGUCGAUAGUAAUUUUCAAGUAAUCACCGAUUCUAAUAAGUAUUAUUUAUUUUGUUGUUCAAGACGCUAGAGUAAAGUCUUCGUUUUUGUAAAGCACCUAUUUGAUUUUAUCAUGUACUGAAGUAACUUCUGUUCUGUAAAUUUUAUAUAUAAUAUAAAAAGAAAGAAAUAGACAAGUUUUUAAUGUCUACAAUAAUGAACUCUAUAAAUCCAUGAGCAGUGAACAAAGGAAUAACGCAAUUUAACUGUUAGCUAGCUACAACUAAUAGAAAAUUUAUAAAAUUUCAUGCCCAUUAAUACUAAGAGAGAUUUACCUACUUUGUCUAGAAAUUUUACAAAGGCAAAAAUAAUAAUAUACGGUUUUACUAUAUUUUUCCUGUCAGUGCCUAAACUUUUUCCUUCCCAAAUCUAUAAUCAUUUUUUUACGCACAAGUAUGCGUAAAAUUUAUGUUAAUACAAAAUAAACUAUGUUAUCAUUCAAGAAAAUUCUCACUGUUAAAGUAGUAAAAUUAUUCUGUAACAAAGAAUCCCGAUCUAUAGAGCGUUAAAAGGAUAGUGAAAUUUGUUAGUGUAUAAAGGUGAAAAAAAAUAUUGGCCUAAAAAUCAUUGUUCUCUGGAUGAAAAUGUAAGCGCACCUCGUAUUCACAAAUUCUACCUUGAGAAUGUUUUUAUCUGUAUUAUGUUGUGGGCAAUUGUUCAAGGCGUUUGACUAGUCUUUAAGUUCAUCGGCGAAAACCAAGUAUCCAUUACAUUUUGGAAUCAUGAACAUGUAGAAAGUAUACUAUAAAUAUAUAGUUUUCAUAAUACAUUAA